ACUGCCAAAAAAAAAAUAAAAAAAAUAAAUAAAUAAAAAGAAUAGAUGGAUGAGUUUUUGAAGAAGAAAUCAGUGAUAACAUUCUUAACAAUACUAUUUGUGGUUACUUGUUGCUCCGGCGUUCAAAAAGCCGAGGCAAGAAUCAGACGCUACAAAUGGGAGGUUAAGUACGAGCUCAAGUCCCCCGAUUGUUACAAGAAGCUCACAAUCACUAUCAACGGUAGAUCUCCAGGGCCGAGCAUCGUCGCUCGGGAAGGAGAUACAAUCGUGGUUGAGCUCAAAAACAGUUUGUUCACUGAAAAUGUUGCAAUCCAUUGGCAUGGUAUUAGACAGAUUGAUACACCAUGGAUGGAUGGAACAGAAGGGGUAACACAAUGCCCAAUUUUGCCUGCUGACACAUUUGUGUACAAGUUUGUAGUGGACAGGGUGAGUUUCUAUUUCUUCCAACAAAAACAUAUAUCCAUCAUUCUUUAUACUAUGAUAUUGUGUGCACUUUACGCUAUUACAGUUGUACCCGGCAAGACCUACCGCCUCCGGAUUGGCAGCUUGACGGCUCUCUCCGCUCUUAGCUUCGAAAUCGAAGGCCACAACAUGACCGUCAUGGAAGCCGAUGGCCACUACGUGGAGCCAUUCACCGUCAAAAACCUCUUCAUUUACUCAGGAGAGACCUACUCUGUCCUGGUCACUGCCGAUCAGGAUCCUUCUAGAAACUACUGGAUCAGCGCCAAGAUCGUCAGCCGAAACAGCAACACCACCAACGGCCUCGCCAUCCUAAACUACUACCCCAACCACCCGCGGAGGGACCCGCCCACCACCCCUCCCGCUGGGCCCCACUGGGACGACAGGCGUCCCAGACUGGCCCAGAGCGCCGCCAUCAGGGCGCGGCGCGGGUUCAUCCACCCGCCGCCUCAAGUAUCCGACCGCACGAUCGUGAUGCUGAACACGCAGAACAGCGUGGGCGGGUACCGGCGGUGGUCCAUCAACAAUGUGUCCUUCAACAUGCCCCACACGCCCUACCUCAUCGCCUACAAGCACAACCUGCUCGACGCCUUCGACCAGCGCCCGUUGUCCGACGGCCACGACUUCGCCACGUACAACAUCUCCGCGGUCCAAGCGAACCCCAACGCCACCACAAGCAACGCGGCGUAUAGAUUGAAGUUCAACACGACGGUGGAUAUCAUUCUGCAGAAUGCCAACACAAUGAACCCGAAUAACAGCGAGACGCACCCGUGGCAUCUGCACGGGCAUGAUUUCUGGGUGUUGGGAUAUGGUGUGGGGAAGUUUAAUGCGACUAAGGAUGCCGCGAGUUUCAAUCUGGUGGACCCCAUCAUGAAGAACACGGUGGUCGUGCAUCCGUUCGGGUGGACGGCGUUGAGGUUCCGGGCGGAUAACCCUGGUGUGUGGGCAUUCCACUGUCAUAUAGAGUCACAUUUCUUCAUGGGUAUGGGAGUGGUUUUUGAAGAAGGGGUUGAGAGAGUGGGUGAAUUGCCAUCUUCUAUUAUGGGAUGUGGUCAAAAUUCGUUAAUUUUACUUAAAUAA